GUACGGGAAGUCUAACACGACGGUGCUGGGGGAAGAUGGCGUUACUCGAGAGGUGGUGAAAUUGGAUGAGGAUGAUAAUGUGAAGAAGGAGUUGGAUGAAGAGGGAGACGAUAAUAGGGAGGAGUGGGAGUAUCGGCCGCCACCACGGAAGGUUUUAGGACCUGUCAUGCCUGGUAGAGAGAGAGUGAAGGAGGAGCUGGAGGAGGAGGAUCCGAGGGAUGCUAAGGCAAGACGGAAGGCUGAGAAGAAGCUCGCUAAGAAAAUCAAGAAGGAUGAGAGGCGAGCUGAGAAGAAGAGGAGGAAGGAGCAAAGGGAGAGGUAG